UUAAAUGCCACCUAAUCUCACAACAUUGGAGCUGGACGAUUUUAUUAAUCUAUUAUUAAUUGUAUGUAUUAGCCUAUUUUAUAUAAAAUUAUUAGUUUUUACGCUUGAAAAUUUCACACACAGGCCUGAAUGCACACACUUGCACACCUCCUGGUCUCAUUUCAAAGGUCAGAGGCACAUUUUUUGCAGGGGAUGCUGGUGUGGACGGGUUGAUCCACUGAUCGCAGGUAUUGUGGCUGGAGGAGGAAGCAAGGGCCGCAGAGAAGUAAUCAUCGGUCCGCAGCAUCGUGCGCGUCGGUGCGCCUCACUGACCCACAGUCGUCUCAUCUCUGUCGGAUCAUGUGGAUUAUUUGGGCGUUUAUUCUGGCAGCGGCGUGUCCUGAUAGGUGCUGGGGAUGUCAGCUGCCCCGCGACUGGAGACCGCAGACAGAAGCGUGCCGUGCCGAGCUAGCGGAGAUCAUAGUCUUUGCCAAGGUGUUGGCACUGCACAAGGAGUCUUAUAAUGUGUAUAACGACCUGCCGUCCGACACUGAGCUGCUUUUCUCUGCCGAGAUUGAGCUGCUGUGCGACCAGGCGUGGGGCAGCAUGCUGGAGGUCCCCGCCGGCUCCAGGUUCAAUGUCACCGGCAUGGGCUACUUCACCUGCUUCUCCUACAGUGUCACCAAAAACAACAACUACUACUUCUUUCUAAGGAUGGAUGAGAACUACAACAUUAUGCCUCAUGGAGUGAACUUCCAGGACCCCAUCUUCCCCGACACUGCAGAUAACCACCGCAUGUUUGCCAGUCUUUUCCAAUUUGCCAACUGCACGUCUGGUACCCAUGUUCACAGUUACGCCCCGGAGUGGGAGGCUCAGGAAGAUAGCCGGUUGUUGUGCUCUGCGGUGCAGAAGGCUCUGUUUGAGGAAGAGGAGAGGGUCUGGACUCUCUCCCAGAAGGUGCGCUCCCUGGAGAAAGCCAACGACCACCUGAGGGAAAAGGUGAAGACCAUGAAACGUCUGCUACGCCAGGCCCAACGAGAAACAACAAAGGAGCAGCAGAUCCUUAGCCUCAAACAGCUCUACGAGUCAAAGACGGCCCAAACUCACCCCGAUCAGGACACAACCCAGGACCAGAGGAACCAGCCGCUAAAAAAAGCCCUCUCCAGGAAGCUAAAAAACUAGAGUACAAACAGUGGCAAUUGUAAUUGCAUUACAUUCUCCAUGUCUUUACAUCCUUAUCCAUAUACUAAGUACUCUGUGUGUGUGCGUGUGUGUGUGUGUGUGUGUGCGUGUGUGCAUGUGUGUGUGUGUGUGUGAGUGUGUGUUUGUGUGUGUGUGUGGGGGGGGGAGGGCAGGGCUUGAGAUAUUUUGUGUCCCCAGAUGAACUAAAAGUGAAGGAUUAACUGCCUCUGAGAUAAAUGAUUUAAAUAGUUUCACGGGAGUAAGACCUCUUCAUCUAAAUCUCCUUACCUCUUAUUUCACCCAAUUAGUCCAAUAUGAUAUUUCUGUCUGAAUAACUGUUGCCCCCCCCCCCCCAACUUUUACCUUUGUCUUUUAUUAGUUUAAUUCAGAGGCAGCACAAACAUUUUCGAAUCAUCGGACAGAGCUCUGAGCUGGCGGAUGCACUGUUGAACAAUAGGAGGACAAUGUUAAAGCAUUGAAAAUUGAAUAUGUCGUUUCUUUCUGUGCUGGACACAUUAUGCAUUGUAUAAAUAUUAGAAUUAGUUUCUUACAUCAGGAAUUCUAUCAUCAAAAUGCUCCAGAUCAACCAUCUUUUAUCGGUCCACUCUUAGACAAGGUGAUAUGAACACGUCUCGUCUUUCUCAUAAAGCUCUGACUGUGUAUGUGAGCGUAUAGUUACAGAGAAGCAGCUGUGUCAAAGUUUAAAGACCUAACAUUAUGUCACAUCAUACUUUUCUUUGCCUGCAUUUCAUUUACUUGCAUAAUUUAUACCCAAGAAACUAUCCCAAAGUGUAUGAUUCACAUUGUAUUGAAUGAAAGUGUAUUUUUGGUAUUUGAAAACAGAGUGCUGAGCACUCAUUAAAUCCAGCCAGUGAGCCUGGCGUGGUACAGGAUUGGCUUUUUCUGUGUCAGAAAUGAAAGUUUUGCAUUUAUUAUAAUUUCUGUAUUUGCUUCUAUUGUGAUUUCGCUUCCUCUAAACUAUAAACAUAUGGUUUGCUUUCCCAAUAGCAUAAUGUGUGUAACACAUGUAUUUUAGUUUUUCUUCUUUUCAUAAAUAAAUGGACUUUUACCAAACUU